ACUGUCACUCCCCUAACUGCCACUCAGAACUUCGCUUCUCAGUACCCACGCCUGUGCCGACCUGUCCUUCAAGUGACUGCUGGCUUAGCAGCCAACACAGCUCUCUGAGGACUGGGUGAAGGCCACAUUUUGCGAUUCAGGAAAAUGGACGUGGAGGUCAGUGAACCAAUAGACUUUAGCUCUGGAGAUCAUCAACAUCUGGUUCGGAAAGCUUCAGAUUCUUAUCCUGGGGGCAGGACUGCUCGGUCCUAUGGAACUGCACCUUCCACUGAGGGGCCACAGCAAGCUCAUGGAAAUCCACACUCAAAGGCUGGUAAGCGAGCAGAUACCUAUGUGGUGCAGAUUUCACCAGAGACUACGACAGACGACGUCAGCCCGGGCACAUUUUCAGAAACAGCUGUCCGCAGAGCUUUCAUCGUAAAAGUGUUCUUCCUCCUGUCCAUUCAGCUUCUGAUCACUGGGGCAAUCAUCAGCCUGUUUGUUUUCUGGGACGCUUUACGAUCUUGGGUGAUCAAGCAUCCCUGGUUCAAUUACUCACUCUUGCCAGCCUUUUUCGUUGUAUUUAUUAUACUUGCCUGCUGUGGGAAACUCCGCCGCCAGGUGCCUGCGAAUUACAUUCUCCUGGGAUUAUUUACAGUUCUUCAAGGUUUGCUGCUAGGAACCGUGUCAGUUUUCUAUAACGCCGAGGAAGUGUUAUGGGCAACAGGAGUGACUGCUCUGGUGACGCUAUCACUCAGUCUAUUUGCUCUUCAAACAAAAUGGGAUUUCACUUUGCUAAAUGGAACGCUGUUUGUCUUACUCUUCGUACUUAUCAUCUAUGGAAUUCUCUUAAUCUUCAUUCGAUCAUAUUGGUUGCAUUUAUUGUAUGCUGGACUUGGAACUGUGCUCUUCUCACUCUACUUGGUGAUGGAUGUGCAGCUGAUGGUGGGAGGGCGCCACCAUCAUUCUAACCUGGACCCUGAAGAGUAUGUUUUUGCUGCCCUGAACAUCUACAUGGACAUAAUCAACCUUUUCCUUUUUAUUUUGCAACUGAUUGGAAUGGGACGGUAGUCACAUGGGCAAGGCUGGCUCAGGCUGAAGAGAGGGAAGGAGGGACGGCUGUGAAGACUGCAGAAGUUACCACUCCAUAAGCCCCUCUAUUUUAUAAAAUAAUUUUAAAAAUACUUUUUUUCUUGUCAAAUGAAAGCAAGCAUUUGGUAGACGGUAGCUAUAGCUGUUAUAUAUAUAUAUAUUUAGUUCCACUGUUAUGUUAUAAAACUUUCUGGUGAACAUUUUCUGAUUUUUAUAAGUUUAAAAGAUGAAUACAUAACUACAUACUUACAAACAUUUGUAAGAUGCUCAUUACUUUGUUGACGUUUUCCAGGUACUACUUAAAACUGUAAACAGUGUCCCUAUCUACAUGAAUAAAACUGAUUACAGAAACCUGUAUUUACUACA